CAUAGACAAGUUACACAUACACGCGCAGCAAAUUGAAAUUCUCCCUCAUCCCGAGGAGGUACCGUCCCGUCAAGCGUGGCUAAUCAAGGCACCAAAAGGAAAAUGAGCAGCUCUGAGGAGGUAUCAUGGAUUUCAUGGUUUUGCGGGUUGCGAGGUAACGAGUUCUUUUGCGAGGUGGACGAAGAUUAUAUAAAUGAUAAAUUUAACCUGACGGGGCUAAAUGAACAAGUACCACACUACAGACAGGCCUUAGACAUGAUUUUAGAUUUAGAACCUGAUGAUGACCUGGACGACAACCCAAACCAGUCAGAUCUUGUUGAGCAAGCAUCUGAGAUACUCUAUGGGUUGAUACAUGCUCGCUACAUAUUAACAAAUAGAGGAAUUGGACAAAUGCUAGAGAAAUUCCAAGCGGGAGACUUUGGUCACUGCCCACGAGUAUACUGUGAAUGUCAAGCAAUGCUGCCACUGGGACUGUCUGAUGUGCCGGGUGAGGCCAUGGUAAAACUGUACUGUCCCCGCUGCAUGGAUGUGUACACUCCCAAAUCUUCGCGCCAUCACCACACCGACGGCGCUUAUUUCGGGACCGGUUUCCCGCACAUGGUCUUCAUGGUUCACCCUGAGUACCGACCAAAACGCCCCGCCUCGCAGUUUGUGCCCAGAUUGUACGGUUUCAAGAUCCACCCGCUCGCUUACCAGAUCCAACAACAGGCAGCGGCCAACUUCAAGGCACCGCUGCGGAAUCUCUCGUACAACAACGAGACGAAGACUUCAAGUAACAUUCCAAAAUGAUCAUAGCCAAGCAGCGUGCAGCGCACAGACCGCAGAUGCGAGCACCCACCAUGGCCGCCUCAAUCUACUACUAAUGACCAGUAACAUAAAUAAUUAUAA